AUGUUUAGACAAACACUCCGUCAAGUAGCACGUCAAUCCACCGGCGCUGCUAGAAGAGCUUACGCCACAGAAGCUACCUCCGAUGCCUUAAAGUUAUCCUUGGCCUUACCACACGAAACUUUAUACUCUGAAUCUGAAGUUCAACAGGUCAACUUGCCAUCAGUUAACGGGGACUUGGGUAUUUUAGCCAACCAUAUUCCAAUCGUUGAACAAUUGAGACCAGGUUUAUUAGAAGUUAUCUCCAAGGGUGGAGAAACCGAACAAUACUUUGUCAGUGGAGGUAUUGCUACCGUCCAACCAGGGAACAAGUUGACCAUUUCUGCCAUUGAGGCUUUCAAGCCAGAUCAAUUCGAUGCUGCUGCCGUCAAGUCCUCAAUUGCGGACGCUCAAAAGCGUGCUUCAUCAUCUGACGAGGUUGUUGCUGCCGAAGCCACCAUUGAAUUGGAAGUUUUGGAAGCCUUGCAAACUUUCACCAAAUAA